GGCCGUAUUCCAGGACCUACCUACAAAUUAUUAUCAGUGUAAGAUCAAGGGAAGGAUGAUGUGGAGAGUCUUCGUGGUCGUUUCCAUGGUGCCCAUCUUAGCUACUAAGGUUGCUACAGAAAUAUUUGGCCUAGGAGCAUGCCCACCUGUAAAGGUCCAUCCUAGUUUUGAUAUCAACCAAUUCUUGGGGAAGUGGUAUGUCAUCCAAUCACACUUGACGUCAGGUACUUGUCUUCAACGCCAAGUGUCACGUGCACCAAAUGGGCGAUUUUACUUAUCCCAAAUUGGCAGCACUAUCGCAGGACUCCCCGUGUUGGGCGAGAGUUCUAGAGAAUUAGAAAUUCCAUCAGGAGAACCAGCCAAGAUGGCGUUGAAACGCCCCUUUAAUAUCAUGAGGCCCACGUUAGACUACUGGGUACUAGGAACCGACUACGAUAAUGUUGCAAUCACUUGGACAUGCCGCAAUCUGUUUUUUGGUCAUCUUCACAGCCUAGAAAUUCUAAGUCGCCAAUCUAGUCUCGACCACAACGUCAUUAAUAUCAUCGAGAAUUUUCUGCACGAUUUUAACCUAGAACCCGGGAGGCUAGUGUAUAUAAGUCAAAAAAAUUGCGACCACACAGAAGAAAGGCCGACACUAAGCUUGUCCUUCACGAACUUCGUAGACCGUUUAUUUAAUUUAUAG